ACCUAACCGGACAACGCCAAGAAUUAGGUAAUGCAAUCAUUUAGUUACUGCGCAGUUGCCGAUGGUCUUUAUUUUUCCACCCUUCUACAUAUACCUCAUUGUCCUCUCGCUGGACGAGCAUAGCCCGCUCAUCCCUUUCCUUAUUUCCCUAUAACACGCCCAUUUAACCUUCAUCGCUAUCCUUCGUCCAUUUCUAUAUUCCCACACAAUGGUUCCGUUCUCAUCACUAUCUCCCCUGGCACUGCUGGUCUCGCUGUCGGCUAAUGUUGUUUAUGCUGCUCCACGUUCCUCUCCAUUGUCGUUAUCGAUGAACCUCAGAAGAAGAGCUCCAGAAGCUCGGUCUGCUGAUGAAAUUGGUUCUUGGGCCCAGGCGCACAAGGCUAAUGUGGAGACAAAGUAUGGAAACCCGUCCUCGAAAGCAAAGCGAAGUUCUGGUCAAAAUUUGAUUGUCAACCAAAAAGCAGACUCCAGCUUCUUCGGUUCUGUGGCUGUUGGUACACCGCCAGUGGCGUAUGAUGUUAUCCUGGAUACUGGUUCUGCUGACCUGUGGUUAGCAAGUUCGACCUGCACAGAAUCAGCAUGUGAAGGAAUUCCUACGUUCAAGUCCUCCUCUUCCUCUAGUUUCCAGAACAAAUCGACGGAAUUCUCUAUUACCUACGGUAGUGGCGAUGCUGCCGGUACUCUCGGUGAAGAUAUUGUUCAAAUGGCUGGGUUUUCUGUGUCAAAUCAAGUAUUCGGUGUUUGCGACCAAGUCUCGGAUGGUCUGUUGAACAGCCCUGUGUCUGGCUUGCUUGGUCUCGCCUUUCAGACCAUUGCUUCCUCUGGGGCAUCACCUCUCUGGGAGACACUGGCAUCAAGCGGUGCAUGGGAUCAGCCGCUCAUGGCAUUUCAACUGACAAGAUUUAAUAACGACUCCAAGGCGACCGACCUUGAGCCUGGAGGGACAUUCACUAUGGGUGCUACUAAUACCAGUCUUUACACUGGCGACAUUGAUUACAAUGACAUUCCCGAUAAUGAAGAAUCUUACUGGCUGCAAACUGUCUCUUCCAUAACGUCCCAAGGAAGCGCAAUCACCAUCUCCUCUGGAUCAUCUGCUCUUGCCGCAAUCGACACUGGUACUACUCUUAUAGGUGGCCCUGCAGAUGCUGUCGCCGAAAUCUAUAGCAACAUUCCCAAUGCUGAAGCAGGAACCGGCCAGCUCGAGGGUUACUACAUCUAUCCUUGCUCGACAACCGUCAACGUUACGAUGGCAUUUGGUGGAAAAAGCUGGGCUAUCAGCAAUGCAGAUUUCCAAGCCGAGCAAUUGAAUGAAGAUACCUGUAUGGGGGCCUUUUUUUCUCUGACGACCGGUAACAAUGCACCUGCCUGGAUUGUUGGUGAUACUUUCCUGAAAAACGUCUACUCUGUUUUCCGAUACAACCCAGCCUCUGUUGGAUUUGCUACAUUAUCUGCUGAAGCACUAGCUAUGAACGGUGUCAACGCUGCGGUCCCAAGUGCCACGAUUGGUUCCGCUGCCGCUACUAUAUCUGCCACUGCCACUGCUGGAACGCGAGACGCCAACGGUGCAUCAAUCAUUCAAUCAUUACUCUCAGGUCCUGCUCUAUCACUACUUGUUAUUGCUAUGACGAUGGUUUUUCCCUCGAUAUGCAUAUAGUCUAACCAUGGGAGAGGAGGUCGUAGUUUAGCUGCGAUUUAGAUGCGCAGUUGAUUUCACAGCUAUCUGCACCUCUUCGUACGCUGGGCAGUGGGCCCGGUUUUUUGUACCAUAGAGUAGUGAUUUGGGACUUGCAUCAUUGGACAAUUUUAGCUAUCAUAGCAAUAUUUGCAUGUGUAUUAUACUAAUAAUAUACAUUCACGGUUCUCU